AUGGCUCCACCGCUUGUUAGGCCAUUGUCCGCACCCAACCCUCCAACCCCACGACUGGGGGUGUCAAACGCCUCGAAUACAUCGGCAGAUAGCCAGGUUGGAAGCGGCGUGUCCAACGUCUGCCAUUUGCAUUUAUACGAUGCCCCUACGGCUGAAUUAAUGCAACGUCUAUUCCCAGAUAAACAGAGUUCCCCCAUUGAUUACCACCGAGAGCUGCGCAUACGCGGCGUGAUCGUACAUGACGAAAACGAUGAAGCCCACCCAAGUGACUGGAAUACGCUUCAGAGCUAUCUCAGCUCUAACGAGGGCCGAGAAGAGCUUGACUUACUCUGUGUCCGAGGGGCUCGGCGAAUGCUCCACUUGAUGGACGACAAUGAGCUCGAAGGAGUACUGCUUUUUCUUCUUUCGAACUUUGGGGCCAUGUGCGAGAAAGACGACGUUGUGAAACUGUGCCGUCGAAAGGAGUGGAAAACGAUCCCCUUACCCUGGCGGGGUGCUGAGGCAGCUGAGCUUCCGACGCUGUGCCCGGAUCUGACGUUUGGACACGGAGGAGGAAGCGACCUCAUCCCCGCGGGCUUACAUCGGGUGAUCUCUCCAUUUUUUACUCCCAUUCCAGAGGAGCCCAGCCUGUUGCUGCCGUGCGUCACGGUUUACGUGAAGGGCGGUGACGAUGAGCACAUCAGGCACAUGAGCCAGCACGCUGCCGCCAUCAUGCUACGGAACAUGGUGGAACUCAGUCUAGUAAUCAUGCCGUCACGGCUGCUGAAAGAGAUGUUGAGUUUGGAAAAUCGAGUCAGCGUGCUGACAGUGAGCGUAUUGAGUUCCUCGAUGGUUCUAGCCUGCCACUGGUUAAAGCGAGACAUCGUGCUGGGCAAUGUCGAGUAUCAUUCACGCGACAUGCAGUCUUGGAACCUCAAUGAUCAGGACCAGAUGGCAGAUAGCUUCAACUACAUUUUUAGGGCCAUUCGAUGGGUUCUCAACAAGAACCGCUCGUGGGUGAUUGGUAGAUUGGAUCAGCUUAUAUGGGAUGGAGGUUUUGAUUAG